UACGCUGGCAUCAUAUAUAUCAUCAAUAAGUAACCCCUUAGCCGAAGCAAACACACUACUAAAUUACAAAACAUCCCACAUUCGCCGACCUUACUCUUACAUUUUGGACUCCAUGUGCUUUGCUUAUAAAUAGGUCCCCAUUCUCCAUACUUCCACCACAUCAUCCCCACUUUUCAUAACCCUUUAAAUUAAACCCUUCAUUUCUCUAAUACCUUAAGCAACACUCUUCAAUGGCGGAUCAUGCUAAAAACUUCCUUUCGCUGUUCUUCACCUUUCUUAUGUGUUCCUCUGCAUAUUCAUCCACAUUUACUUUCGUAAACAAGUGCACUUACCCUGUCUGGCCCGGUAUACUUUCCAACGCUGGCACCUCUCAACUUCCCACCACCGGUUUCGCUCUCCAACCAGGCGAAUCGAACGCGUUGGAGGUCCCCGUUUCGUGGUCUGGUCGAUUAUGGGGUCGGACGGUUUGCGCUUUUGAUCAGGCAGGGAAAUUCUCUUGUGCAACAGGUGAUUGUGGCUCGUCCACUGUGGAAUGCUCCGGAGAUGGCGCUGCUCCUCCUGCUACGCUUGCAGAGUUCACUCUUAACGGCGCGAAUGGUCUUGAUUUUUACGAUGUGAGCCUUGUUGACGGUUAUAACCUGCCGAUGCUCAUAUCACCACAAGGGGGAACGAGCGGGAAUUGCACGAUCACGGGGUGUUCUGUUGCGCUGAACAAUGCUUGUCCCUCGGAGCUUAAGGUUAUGGAUAGUGAAAAUGGCGAGAACAUAGCGUGUAAAAGUGCGUGCGAGGCAUUUGGGAAUCCUGAGUAUUGCUGUAGUGGGGAUUAUGGAAAUCCCAACACUUGUAAACCAAGUUCUUACUCAGAAUUCUUCAAAAAUGCUUGCCCUCGAGCUUAUAGUUAUGCUUAUGAUGACGGUACGAGCACUUUUACUUGCGGUGGAGCUGAUUAUCAGAUCACCUUCUGUCCGUCACCUUCGACCAGUUUGAAGUCGGCGGAUGGGCAGUACCCACAAGCUGUGGAAAUCUCAACCGGUACUCGCAGAACGUCACCUUAUCACAUUGGCAUUGUUAUAACCAUUUUCGCAUCAAUUUGGCGGCUGUCGCAACUCUGUUGAUCCCGUCAACGGGAUAUAUCUAGCUACAAGAAUUUCAUCGAUCAUUCGACUCGUUCAAUUUGUUCGACUAUAAAGUUUUUGAGGAACGAGGAUUAUUCUAUAAAUUGGAAUCACCAAAACUAAAUAGUAUAAUCUAUUUCAUAUUCAUAAACAAGUCAUGAGUAUGAAACAAGAGUAUACUAUUUGUUAUGUAAUGAAUUGUGCAACAUGUGCAAAGAUUCAAAGUGGCAUGCAAUUGGCCUGCAAAUUGUGUGUGGUAGCCAAGUUGGAGAAAGAAUUUUGAUUUUGAAACAUUAAAAAAGUUGUUUGAGGUGCAAAGAUGUGAUGGAAAUAGCAAUUCAUAGAUCAGCAAUCAUGUUUGUGACUUGGAAAAUGAACUUUAUAUAUGGAUGGAGACAAAUUAGCAAAGAAGAGCAUGUUGGCUAAAAUUUAAAUGUUUGGUUAAAGAAUAUUAAUUAAUGUUUCAAUGCUUUCAAGUUGAUUUGGAGAUGUAUUUGAAAUAUUAUUUUUGGGCAUACUAUGAUUACUAGUUUGAUUUGUGUAAAAUAAAUAUCUUAAAGCUUUGCCUAUUAUUGCCAAUUUUGAUUAGUUCACAUUCUUUCAA